GCUCACUUGCUAUUGGACGGUUUGAUAAUCACAUAUUGUCCAUAUUCGCAUUUGCUGUCAACAAAAGAAGGAGAAAUAUAUGAAAGAUAUUUAUUAUGAAUAGGUAUCGUUGCCUUCUUUACAUGUCUUUUUUGAGUCGUGACUCCUCCCAAAGUUUUAAUUGAACAGCAUUUCAUGUCAAACACAUGCUGAUUCCUUCUUGUUUUCAGACAACCCAAAUGUUUCAUACGUCAGUUCUUUGUGAAACUUUUGGCUAAAAAGAAUCCAUGCUUAAAGGAAAUAAAUUAAACAGAGAAGUUUUCCAGUGGUAAUUUUAAUGUUAAAAUUUUCGAUUUUGCUCGCUGGUUUUAACUAUCACGCAAAAGAAAUCCUACCAAUAUGGCAUUUCCACUGCUCUUCCUUUUCGCUCUUGUAUUAACCACAACAUCCGGAGUAGCUCCUCCACCACUGGACUCCUGGAGUAUUAGUGGUAUUAACAGCCUUAAGAGAAGCCCAGUUAAGCCAACAAACUUUCGAUACAGAUAUCUUACUCGCUCGGGGAACUGUUUACUUUUCAAACCUGAUGAGGUUAGCAUUCGAAUAACAGCAACUAAUAACGUCUAUGAGCGAGCGAUUACUGUGACAUGUUUAACUCUUUCGAAGAUUACUCAAUACAUGCCGAGAGAAGUGUUCGCGAAUGUCUCAAAAUCCCACGGUGUCGGUAUUUUUACGUUAGCCGAAACGCUAUCUGUAUAUCCAGAGAAUGCUGAUUUAGUUGACAGACCGGAGUGCUUUCAGACGUGUGAAGGUGUUUGUAAUAAUACGUGUACAUUCGAUGGUAGAAAAUACUCAGAAGUUGCUGGUUUAACCAAUGAAAUUAGUCUAUCCAACAUGGAAUCAAUUCUUUGUCUACCGACAGAUAUUUAUCAAGGAGCAGAGAAUAUUCUCACUCAUGAAUUUGCUCAUCUUGUACAUAUGUAUAUGAAUGAUACGUGGAAAAAUAAGAUAAUGGCUGCAUAUCAGAAGGCUAAAUCGAACAAACUUUGGCGCCAACAUAGUUAUGCAAUGGAGAAUGAAUACGAAUAUUUUGCUGUAGCAGCCGAGUCAUUCUUUCACGACAUUAUACGAAAAGAUGCUAAAUCGACUGGUGGCAUGAAUAUAUGUAAAAAUCAACGGAUUUGCUCGGAUGAAAUGAAAGCAAGACAGUUCCUUCGACGUCACGAUCCGGGUAUUUUUUAUUGCCUGUCCUACGCGUUUACUGAUGACCGUCCAUGGCGAAUUUCGGGUCUUAAGCCUUGUAUGAGAUGAAAUUUGCAUGAUUUCCAAUAAAAAAGCUUUCGCAAAUGAUAACUGAUAAUUACAAAACACGAAUACUAAUACAAUAAAGAAUACAGCUACGUUGACGUGCAUAUUUAUAUAUGGAAGCCACGUUAUUUCAAUCUAGUUUCUUUAUAGAUAGAAAUGCUUACUGACAACUUUACAAACUCAAACAAUAUAUGGUUUUCUUUGUAAUGGACAUUAAUGAAGAUUCUUAUAUGAAGAGAAAAAACAAAAUGCUAAUAAUGAAUAUUUAACCGGGACAUUUCGUUGCCAUUCAUCCUUGAUAUGCUUUUCAGCAAAAAUAGAUGAGUUAUAGAACAUUAUAAAGACAACUUUGAGUUUAUACAUA